GUUCUUUGAACCACGGGAACUGUAGUCGCCGCGCUGAGGGCUGAGCUGUGUGCAGACUGCGUUUCCCACAAAGCCCUGCUGGCAGGAAGCCCUUCUCGGAGCUGGCAGCGCUAUGAAAGCAGAAAGGACUCGGGUGGCGCAGCUCUGAAUUCCCGGCCUGUCUGCUGCCUUACGCUGCCUGUCCUCUGCCUGCACAGCAUUUCAGCUCAACAUGUUCCCUGCCAGGAAGCUCCCAGGAGGCUGCAGAGCCAUCAGACCGCACCAUCUCUGCUCUGUCCCCAGCGUGUCCCCAAACCUGGCUUUUGUACCGGCCUGCCUCCCCCCGCAUCCCGCAGAAGUAGAAGAGAUGCAGCGUUUUAUUUCCAGCUCCAAGAAGCUGUUUGUAAUGACCGGAGCUGGAAUCUCCACUGAGUCGGGGAUCCCUGAUUACCGCUCAGAAGGUGUGGGGCUCUACGCCAGGUCGGACCGGCGGCCCAUCCAGCACACUGAGUUCGUCCGCAGUGCCAGCGCCCGGCAGCGCUACUGGGCGAGGAACUUUGUGGGCUGGCCACAGUUCUCCUCCCAUCAGCCAAACACGGCCCACCUGGUGCUGAGGCAGUGGGAAAAGCUGGGGAAGCUGCACUGGUUGGUGACCCAGAACGUGGAUGCGCUUCACACCAAAGCUGGGAGCCAGCGCAUGACAGAACUGCACGGCUGCACGCACAGGGUUUUCUGCCUGACCUGUGGUGAUCAAACCUCACGCUCUGCGCUUCAGGAGCACUUUGAAGCUCUGAACCCUAGCUGGAAAGCUGAAGCCCUUGGUGUGGCUCCAGAUGGGGAUGUCUUCCUAACAGACGAGCAGGUGCGCCAUUUCCAAGUCCCAGCUUGCAGGAAGUGUGGUGGAAUCCUGAAGCCUGACGUGACGUUCUUUGGAGACACAGUGAGCCGGGAAAAGGUGGAUUUUGUGCACCAACGCCUGGCAGAGUCAGACUCCAUGCUGGUGGCAGGAUCCUCUAUGCAGGUGUACUCUGGUUACAGGUUUGCGCUGGCAGCCAAGGAGAAGCAGCUGCCAAUAGCAGUCCUCAACAUUGGGCCCACGAGGUUAGAUCACUUUGCAUCCCUCAAGCUGAAUUCCCGCUGUGGAGAGCUGCUGCCUUUGAUAGUUGCACACUGAGCCAACGAGCUGAGCAUCAGUGGCUAUCAGGGCUAAAAUUAUCUCUACAAGGCGAGUACCUCCUGGGACAGUCACCUUAAAAGGUAAGAAUGUGGGUUUAAAUAGCCAGCAGAAGCUGGGGCUGAACUGAAAUCCAUUCAGACGACGUGCAUCAAAGCCUGGCUGCAUCUUCCCACCUGUUCCUGGGGUGCUCAGGUGGGCCGUGGCACUGCCUCCUGCAGUCGUGAACAAACACGAGGGCAAUCCACUUGUCACAGUGACAGAGCUACAGGGGAUCAUCUGCAGAUUCAGAGAACACGAUCACUGCUGGUGCCUUUGCACGCUGCAAUCUUUCUUGGUAGCAGAGCGGGUUCCUGAGGGUUUCUCAAGUCACUGCUGAUUUGAAAGCUGUGCCUGGUUGAACUGACCUGGUUCAUCAAAACGCUGCUGUUGUGAAAUGUGAAUAACGUAAAUGUUCAAUUUCAUCUAUAAAGCAGCUGCUUCCCUCCAUUCCUGCAGGACUUAAUCUCUCCACAGGGGAAUUACUUCGGUCUGAAGGGCAGCCAUCAGAUCCCUGCACAUCCAGUGAUGCCAGGAGAGGGCAGCAAGUCUCACAUAUGUCAGCCUGACAGUUUUCUGCACUGAAACCAUCUUCACUUAACAAGGAGAAGAAUGGUGAAAAGGAGUUCUUUUUUGUCUUCCCUUACUGUGUAAACAUUUCCUUUUCUUUGCAUUCACUGGCAAAGGACCAGACUGGGACAGGACAUUCAGACGUCUGAGAACAAAAUACUU